AACUACUGUCAGAGUUUCUGUGAGUGUGUAGAGGGAGCGUGUGUGGUCAAGCAAGACUGAAUCGUGCAGUGUGUUUGCACAGGUUUCAGAAACUAUUAGAUUGAUUCAAGAAGUAGGCAUAUGAAAAUAGUCAGCAUAAGGAUUCUCUCUUUUUAACAUUGGCUGCGGAUUACAGUAGUUAAUGACUUUUGAACAGAAGCUUACCAGUGGAUGAGGCCUCACCUGUUUGGACUUGAGUUGGAUGACUACAGUGGAUAGUAGAAGUGGACUGUGAGGAGUCGAAGAGAUCAUGGUCACUCGGCUGUGAGAGACAGGUGCAGUGAGGACAACACGGGCUACUAGUUAUUAUCAUGUCCAUCCAGGAGUGCCCAGAGAGUCCAGUGCUUGAGGAUGAGGAGGGUGAGGAAAGCAGAGGGGCGGAGAGAGAGUCGGACAGAGACAGUGCAGUAGACAGCGCUCUGUCAUCAGAGAUAUCGGAUGGAGGGAGAACUGGAGAAAAAGAGGAAGGGAUUGGGCUUUGCCUCCCAGGAGAAAAGUCUGGUCAGAUGUGUAAUCGCUCUGAGACUUCUGAUCAUUCUACACGUUCAUCUGCCUCGUUGAAUGAGGAGCAGUUUGAGGACUAUGGAGAAGGAGAGGAUGGAGAUUAUAAUCCUAGCAGCCCCUGUCCAGAUGAUGAGAUCCGCAUUAAUGGAUGUUCAGAUCUGGGCUCUUCUGUUUCCUCCAGUGCUGGUCAGACUCCUCUGAAGCUGCGCCAUGCUGGUGACCAGAUGGAUGGGUUUUGCUCUCAGUGUUGUAAGAGGGUCAGUCUUCUCAAGGACCUGGAGAACAGGCUGAAGAACCUCAAAACCAACAGCCCAAACAGAAAGAUCUCCAGCACUGCAUUUGGAAGGCAGCUGCUCCACAACAGUAACCUCAGCAGUAGUAACGGCAGCACAGAGGAUUUGUUCAGUGACAGCAUUGACUCCUGUGAAAUAGACAUUACAGAGAAGGUGAGUUACUUGGACAAGAAAGUGACAGAGCUGGAACAUGAGAUUCUGAUGAACGGGGAUGUGAAGUCGAAGCUGAAACAGGAAAACAUACAGUUAGUUCACAGGAUUCACGAGUUGGAGGAGCAGCUCAAAGACCAGGAGACCAGAGCCGAGGACAUGAUGGAAGAGGAGCUCAGGAGACACAGAGAGGCCUACAGCCGACUGGAGAAAGACAGAAACACACAGAUAGAGCUGCUCACAAAUAGAGUACACCAGCUAGAGGAGGAAAAUGGACAGAUGGCUGUAAACAUGAACAGACUGAAAGGCCAGACAGAGAAACUGGAUGAGGAGAGACAGCGGAUGACAGAUAAGCUGGAGGAUACAAGCUUGCGGUUGAAGGAUGAGAUGGAUCUGUACAAGAAGAUGAUGGACAAGCUACAACAGAACAGAAAUGAGUUUAAGAGGGAAAGAGAUACCAUGCAGGAGGUAAUUGAGGACCUUCGGCGAGAACUUGAGCACCUCCAAAUAUACAAGCUGGAGGCAGAAAGAAUGGGGAGUGGCCGCAGAUCCUCCAUAAGCCUAUCAGAAUACAGCACUCGAACACGUGAGAGUGAGUUGGAACAGGAGGUCAAGAGACUAAAACAGAGGAGUGUUUCCAAGGACAUGCCCUUUGACCUCCAGCAGCUUGUGUCUGCUCGGGCACGACUCUGUCCGAGUCUGAUGGAGAACCAGAAACUGAGGGAACAGAAUGAAGAUCUAAACGGUCAGCUUCUCAGUCUGAGCCUCCAUGAGGCCAAAAACCUGUUUGCCACACAAACAAAAGCGCAGUCUCUGGCCAUGGAGAUUGAUCAUGCCUCUCGUGACCAGUUGAUGGAAGCCCUCAAGGAACAAGAAGAGAUAAACAUCCGACUCAGGCAAUACAUGGACAAGAUCAUUUUAUCUAUUCUGGACCACAACCCGUCUAUUCUGGAAAUCAAAAUCUAAAAGCCUGUCAUAAGCUGUUUAGAAUCUUAACAGUGGCUCUAGAGCUCCCCCUGAGGUAGCGCUGAACCUCAAAUGACUUGUGCCUCUGAAUGCACAAUAACUACAAUGUGCUGGUGUUUUGUGCACCUUUCUCUUGCUACAAAAAUGUAAAAUAUACUGGUGAAAUAUUUCAUGCACUUUUAUAGGGCAUUUUGCUGCUCUGUACAACACAAGGGAGUUUUUCACUGGAAUGUCAUUAUGAUUACUGAACUGCACCAACUAAUAUGUGAAUAUAUGACACUGGAUGUUCUUUUGAGUGUAUUUGGGUCAUAUGGAUAUUGUAUGUUUGCUGAGUUUGCACUGGGGAUGUGAUGAGGAAGGCUGAAUGAUAAAAAAAAGAGGAAUAUUUACCUAUUUGAUGGACAUUGAAGCCUGUACCAUUCAAAGUUGGUGAGUAUGAUCAGACUUUUGUUGGUAUACUUGUAAUGAUUUUGGUGAGAGAGUUUUUGACUGUCUUCCUAUUAUAAAUGGCAAGUGAGGGAACAAUGUAAGAGGAUACAAAGUAGAAGAAUAGAGGAGAGGUAAUUGAAACUCGAUCUGGAACUUGAUAACUGCCUGUUGUAAAAGAAAUGCAUUUUAGAGCAGGGCAAUGCUCUAGUCUGUGUUUGCAAUGUAAUUGUGAGAUGCUUAUUCUGACAUUACAUGCAGUAUGUGUGCUUCAAAAGGGAAGUGAAAAUUCAAGAAGCUGAAUGUAAAAUGUCAUUGUGAAUGUACCAAACAAGUAGUAUUUCAGGAUAUUUAUGGGCUUUAGCAUAAUAGUUUAAGACCUGUCUGUUCAUCACCUGAAUUAUGUUCUUAGUAGCCUUAAAGGGACUUGCACUUGUUCUUCCAAACUAAAAAUAAUAUUGUUAUAAUUUCAAAUGCACGAUCUCACAAUUUUCUAUAAUGUGAUUUAAAUACAAAUAAACAUACAUCAGACAAUGCAGGUCUAAAACUAAAAAGAACUAUGACAUUUGUGUUCCUAUUGCAAGAAAGUUUCUUUUUUUUUUUUUUUUUUUUUUUUUAUGUCAGACAUUUUUAAAAUGGUCUUUUUUUUUUAAAGAGCAUCCUAAAAGUGUCACCCACAGUUACACAUUUCUCUUACUCAGUCAAUAGAUUGAAUGUAUGUGAUGACAAUAUAAAGCAUUUGAUUUAUUCUGUGCUGAUCUAGGCCUACAUUCAGUAUAUGUGAUUCUGUAAAUUUCAUAUUUUCUCACAUCAAUGCCUCCUAUUUCCUUAGUAGUAUUUGAGCUUUUCACUCAUUAGUUAACUUAAGUAAACUUUUUUCACAAAUAACUGCUGAGCUAUUACACUUUAUACAUUUAUAAAAACUUGUAAAUAAUGUAAAGAAAUUACCUUUUUACUUGUGCCACUCAUUGCUUUUUCAUAGUUUCUCAGUUUAUUUUAAGUAAUAAUUUUAUAUGAUUAUUUCUUAUUCUCUUUAUAUUCAUGAAGGAGCCACUGAGAAUGUGGCAGUAUUAGUUUCGCUUGUUUUUGAGAGAGCAGACUAACCCAGUGGCUCAUGAUGGCACAACAUGCUGAAUGGUCACACACUUUAAUCCAAAAAGGGUAUCCGUACACUUGCACAAAAUGUAUACAAAUUGCAUUUCAUUUUCUGCAUAAAAUUAAUGUCAAAUGCCUUAGCAAUACUUAAGACUGUGGACUUAUUUCUGUUUCACAUCUAAAUUUGAUCAAGAUGUGCAUAUAGGCAUUUACAUUUGCAUGUCAGGUGUUACUGAAUUUACUGAACUUGAACAUGAGAAAUGAUCAAACUGAUCUUUUAAAAUAAAAAAAUACAAAAUUCCA